AUGGCUACAUCAAGUGAAUUUUCAGCCGAGUUAUUAAAAUUAAAAAAAGAUCAAUUAGUGGAAAUAAUACUAAACAAAUGCAUUCCCAGUGCCAUCAGUGUGAGUGAGGAAUUACGUCGAUAUGUAGAAACCAACGAAAACGGUGAAAUUAGCAAGUCGGUUAAAGUUAACCUCGAAAAUAACAUACCGUUCAUCAAGCUAGAAAAUGAAUUAAAAACAACAAAAAUUGAACUAGAGUGUUUCAAAACCAUCAUUUCAACAUUAAAAACCACAGUGAGUGACAAGGAAUUGAUAAUAAAUUUAUUACAAAAUAAUAAACAAACAAAUCCAGUUCGAACGGAUUUCAGCGUUGCCGAUGCAGUCACAAAGUUUCCAAACCAGGGAAACCAGCAAACUGAUACAAAUCAAACAUACAGCAGCGUUGCUAAUGCAUCUAAAAUAGAUUCAAAUCAGAGAAAACAAAACCAGAUAACAAAUUCUAGUGGAAAUCAAGAAAAACCACAAGAAACAAUAAAUAAUAAUAAAAAGAAAGUUGUAGGAUCCAACGAGGAUAAAAAGGUCUUUAAAAGUGCCCCUAGGAAAGCUUUUAUACAUUUGGGGCGUGUAGACCUUAAUACUACCUCAGAUGAUAUAAAAAAUCAUGUAGUCUCCACGUUUAAGACAAAUGACUUUAAAAUUGAACCUUGUCCAGUAAGAGAAGGAGCUAAAAGUAUUUCCUUUAAGAUUGAGACAGACAGCUCAAUUGUAAAGGAACUAUACUUAAGCGAAAAUUGGCCCAAAGGCGUCCUAAUUAAUAAAUACCGAUUUUUUCGUAACCAAACAGAAGCAGCAGCAGAAUUUAAAUAA